UAGGGAGAGGCGUGGAGCGGGCGGUGGCGGUGGUGCGGAGGUUGCGCGGCCGGGGCGAACCCGGCUGGCCCUGCAGCGGCUCGCUCAGGCCGUCGGUCGUCGCUGCAGCUACCUGAAAGGAGGAAGCGACGACUCGGGGACGAACUUGGCAGAGCAGGGAAGAAGCAGAUUCCAGAGACACCCAGCGUGUCCGUUUCUCGAGUUUCUGUCGUCUCUUGUCAGUUGAUUCGUAGCCUGAAAUGCAUGGUCAUGGAGGCUAUGACUCUGAUUUUAGUGAUGAUGAACACUAUGGGGAAUCCAGCAAAAAGAAAAAAAGGAUAAGUGAAGAUGAUUUAUUGCUCAAAAAACCAUUUGAGAAAGAAAAACAUGGAAAGGUGGCCCAUAAACAAGUUGCAGCAGAAUUGCUGGACAGGGAAGAAGCAAGAAAUAGAAGGUUUCAUCUCAUAGCUAUGGAUGCUUAUCAAAGACAUACAAAGUUUGUAAAUGACUACAUUUUAUACUAUGGUGGCAAAAAAGAAGACUUCAGGCGUUUGGGGGAAAAUGACAAAACAGAUUUGGAUGUUAUACGAGAAAAUCAUAGAUUCCUGUGGAAUGAGGAGGAUGAAAUGGACAUGACUUGGGAAAAGAGACUUGCUAAGAAAUACUAUGACAAGUUAUUCAAGGAAUACUGCAUAGCAGAUCUCAGUAGAUACAAAGAAAAUAAGCUCAAACUUCAGAUUAUAACUGGAGAAGGUGAUCCAGGAACAGAUGAUCUCAGAAAUUUUGGAUUUAGGUGGCGAAUAGAAAAAGAAGUAAUUUCGGGAAAAGGUCAGUUUUUCUGUGGAAAUAAAUGUUGUGAUGAAAAAGAGGGCUUAAAGAGUUGGGAAGUUAAUUUUGGUUAUAUUGAGCAUGGUGAAAAGAGAAAUGCACUUGUUAAAUUAAGAUUAUGCCAGGAAUGUUCCUUUAAAUUAAAUUUUCAUCACAGGAGAAAAGAAAUCAAGUCAAAAAAAAGAAAGGACAAAAGCAAAAGAGACUGUGAAGAGUCAUCACAUAAAAAAUCCGGAUUAUCUUCCACAGAAGAGGCCACCAAGAAAAAGGAUAAAGGACAUUCAUCCUCAAAGAAAUCAGAAGAUUAUGUAAAUAGAAAUUCUGAUGAGGAAGAAAGUGCUUCAGAAUCUGAACUUUGGAAGGGUCCACUGCCAGAGACAGAUGAAAAAUCACAGGAAGAAGAAUUUGAUGAGUAUUUUCAGGAUUUGUUCCUGUGAAAUGGAAGAGAGAAGUCAAUAUUCUUUCAUGUGAAAGUACAUUUUGAAACUUCAUUAAAGUUUUUCCUACGA